AACAGUGCUACGGGCCAAAGCAGCAGCGCCUCUGCCCGUGUGUACGUGUGUGCGUGCGUGUGCCGAUCGCUGUAUGUGCUAAGCGGCAUCUUUCUCUCCUAUCUCUUCGGCGAAAGCUCGAGGAAGAGGCGACGCGUAAAAUCUCUCAUCGCACGUGCUCCGGCUAUUGAUAAGAGGUCCGACAAAGAGGCUCUCGCGAGGCGUGCGUCACCGCGCGCGUAUAUACCCUACCUGCCGAUCAUAUACCUAUCGUCGCGCGCUCCAGUGCAGAUGUCUCAUUCUCGUAACGACGCUUUGGCCUUCCGCAGACAUAACAACUGAAUGAGGAAGAGGAGACCCGCAGGCUUGUCGGCGCAAUCAUCAAGAGGAUGACGAGGACGACGAAGCUCCUGCUGAUCAUCGGCCUUCUGCCGGCGAUCCUCAUCUCCGCCGGGACUGGUCCGCAGCACGAGCUGCUCCAAGAGGUGGAGGAUGCGCUCGAGACGAGCUCGUCGCAGGUGUCGUCGAGCACGCCGGAGUCCGUCGUCGUCGUCCGGGCCCGUGACCAGCCGCUGGCCGAGCGAUGCGCUCUCAAGACCGACCACGGGCCCUGCAAGAACUACGUGCACAAGUGGACCUACAACAGGACCGAGGCUCGCUGCCACACCUUCAUUUACGGCGGCUGCCUCGGCAACGAUAAUCGCUUCAACAGCGAGCAGGAGUGCUUGCACCACUGCGUCGGCGGACCCGAUAAUACGUUGCCGGCAUACAUGGCCACCAGGAGCGGCAUCUUCGUGACGACGGAGACAGCCGCGACUUUGAGCGACUCAAGCUCAACGGGAAGCCCGUCCACGACGCCGAGCAGCGACAGCGACAGCGGCAGCAGCAGCACCAGCAGCCCCGUCGUUACGUUCGUACCGACGAAGCCGACGAGGCCCCCGGUGCCGAAGCACAAGCGCGGCAAGGAGCUCACCUUCAUGGAGACCGGCCACGAGCGCACCUUCAUGUUCGCCCAGAGCAACACCUUCAUCCAGCUGGACGGGCCCGGUAUCAAGCAGUUCCAGCUGCGGCUCUGCCGCGAGAUCUCCUUCAAGUUCCGGACGAAGCUGCCCCACGGCCUGCUCGUCUACCACAGCGUCAAGGAGCGGCCCGAGAGCCUCGAACCCUACGCCCUCUACGUCAUCGUGGAGAAGGGCCAGCUCAAGGUCGUGCACGUCUUCGGCAAGAACAGCACGAGCCUGACCGUGGGCCAGGGCCUCAACAGGGACCGCUGGCACUCGGUGCUGGUGCGCAUCGACGUGCACGGGGCUCGGCUCAUCGCCAAGGUCGACGACGAGCAGGCCGAGACCGGCGUCGAGGUCCUCGAGCACAUCGUCAAUUACGGCGUCUCCGAGGAGCUGGCCUCGGUCGUCCUCAUCGGCGGCCUCAGCUCCGAGGAGCGCCUCCACGGCGUCAAGUACAUAAUCGAGUCGUUCGUCGGCUGCAUUCGCGACAUGGUCCUCAGCUCCGGUAAAUCGGCCAGCGACCUCUUGCCCAUUCGACCGCUCAUCGCUACCAAGCACGAAAACGUCAAAGAGGGCUGCACCGAUAAGUGCAAAACGACGGACAACCUCUGCUUCAGGAGCAGCCAGUGCGUGAACCACUACAACGGCCUCACUUGCGACUGCUUCGGUACCAAUUACGAGGGAGAAAGAUGCGACGUUUACACUGCGACUAUUUUGACGCUCAGAGGCUCUUCUUACGUGUCGUUCCGAGUUUACGAUUGGAAGGACAGAGUGCACUCGUCGGUUAAUAGGAUAAGUCUUGCAUUCAAGACGAAAUGGGACGAUUCGGCGUUGUUUUACGCGUCCGGCGAGAUCGACGGCACUGCUCACUACGUAGCGGCGUCCAUCGUCAACGGCUCCGUCGCCGUCGAGCUGGACUUUGGCCACAAUGCAAAGCUCAGCACGACUCUGGGCCACCACGUCACGAUGAAUUACUGGAACAAUUUGACCAUCUUCCACAACGUCUCGGUGGUCUACGUCAGUCUCAACGGCGACGUCAAGAUUUUGGAUGUGCCCGGGGACAAUUUCAACAUGUACAUCGACCCGGAGAUCUACAUCGGCGGCGGUCCGGAGCUGCACAAGAAACAGGGCCUCGUAUCGACCAACAAUUUCGCCGGAUCCUUGAAGUACGUCUUCUUCAACGACAAGUCCAUAAUCUACGAGCUGAAGCGCUCGAAUCCGAUGGUCCACUACAUCGGCGUGCUCGAGCCCGAGUACUACGAGGACGACGUCGAGGUCAUACCGAUAACUUAUCCGUUCGCUGGCAGUCACAUUUGGUGGCCCAUCAAUAGCCUCGACACUUUGAAUCUCAACUUUGACUUUAAAAGCUCGAAACCGAUUGCUGUAGUGGCAUCGGGAGACGUGAAGAGCGAAGGAGGGCCUGGAUAUUGGGAGCUACGAGUAGUGAACGAUGAAAUUCGAUUCGUGCUGGUGCCGGUCUCGGGCGAAAACGUCACCGUCUCGGUGGCCGUGAAAUUCCCCUACAACACGUCCUGGCACGCGGUCGAGCUGAACUACACGCGGGAGGAGCUGAGCAUCCUCGUGGACUACCGCAACAAGCAGAGCAAGCUCUUCCAGAUGAAUCUCGAGCUGGGCGAUCGGGUGAUAAUCGGCAGCGGCAAGGGCAGCGGCUUGGUCGGCUGCAUGCGGGACAUCAUCGUGAACGGCCAGAAGAUCGAGCCGAGGUACAUCAUCAACACGGAGCGAGUCGUCGGCGAGGUGGCCAUCGACAACUGCCAGUUCGUCGACCCGUGCACCCGGCCGAACACCUGCGAGCACGGGGGCAAGUGCUCGGUGAAGGAGGACCGGAUCACCUGCGACUGCACCGACACCGGCUACAUCGGCAAGAACUGCCACUUCGCCCAGUACCGGAAGACGUGCGAGGAGCUGGCUCUGCUGGGCUACACCAAGGACGACGUGUACCGCAUCGACAUCGACGGCAACGGCCGCUUCCCGCCGGCCCUGGUCAAGUGCGAGUUCCAGUCGAUCGAGGACGCCACCAAGACCAUAGUCGAGCACAAUCUGCCCUCACAGGUGGACGUGCGCUCCAUCAACGAGGACGACUUCUCCUUCAGCAUCACCUACGUCCAGUUCACCGCGGAGAUGCUGCAGGAGCUCAUAUCGCACUCGCUCUACUGCAGCCAGUACGUCAAGUACGACUGCUACAAGGCGCCGCUGGAGCUGCACAGCGCCACUUGGUUCGUCAGCUCGAAGACCACCACCGUCGACUAUAUCGGCAACGCCAAUAGGGGAUCUUGUCCUUGCGGAGUCAACAGAACUUGCGUCACGUCGAAUCUUAGCUGCAACUGCGACGUAUCAGCUGGAAAGUGGCUUUCCGACGAAGGUUACUACGAGACUCCGGACUCUCUUGGCAUAACGGAGAUGGUCUUCCUUCAGCAACGAGAUCUCGAGGAAGACGCUCAGGGCAGAAUUACUCUGGGCCCUCUCGAGUGCGUCGAAACCAAUACUCAAAAGUACGUGGUGACGUUCACCACUUCGCAAUCGUACAUCGAAGUGCCAGGCUGGAGAAAAGGUGACAUAGCCUUCAGUUUUCGUACGACCGGAGAGAAGGCCAUUCUUCUGUACCAACCGCCGAUCCGUAGUAAUUAUCCUUCCUUCAUGGUUGCCUUGACCUCGGAUUACAAGCUGACCUUCAAUUUCACCUUGAAUACCGGAACCAUACGCGAACUCGAAGUUAAAAGCCGAAGGAAGUUGAACAACGGCGAGUGGCAGAAGAUCUGGAUCGAUUACAACGACUAUCACGUACGCUUCAUGAUUAAUACAGACUUCCAAAUGGUCGAUUUACUUCCCGAAGAAGAAUUUGGACCGUUCGAGGGCUCGAUGUUUAUUGGCGGUGCCACAGCGGAGCACUUGAAAACGUCGUCCGUGAGGCAAGGACUGAUUGGUUGUUUCCGUGGUCUAGUCGUCAACGGCGAGAUUUUAGACAUUCACAGCUACAUGUCCGUCCAUUUGUCGGAAAUAAUAAAGGAUUGCAAACCCUCGUGUCAACCGAAUAAGUGUCAAAACAACGCCAAGUGCGUCGAGCUCUGGAGUAAUUUCACCUGUGUUUGCGAAAACAAGUGGGCCCAUCUGGGUACCUACUGCGAAUCGAAUAUCAACAAUAAAGCACUGACUUUCACGUCGCCCGGAGCUUUUCUCAAAAAGAACUACUUCAACUCCAUCGAGGAGGAAGCAGAAAAGACCCUGCUGAAAAGAAUGCUGGUGAAUAACAUUCUGAUCAAUCUGAGGACGUACGAUAGCCAUUCGUUGAUCCUCUACGCCAACGACCACCUGAACAAUUUCGCUCACCUGUACAUUUCCAACGGGACGAGGAUCGUUUACCUGUUCAACGCGGGCAACGAGAUCAAAAACAUAUCGGUCGAGUAUCCCGGAGCCAACACCGGCAUAUCCGUUCAAAUAGCCAUAAUCCGCACGGAGAACACGACGACUCUGCACGUGAACGAGCACAACGUGACUCUGGACACGGUUCCGCAGCUGCUCGAGGACUACUCCAACAAGCCCUGGAUCAAUCCGGAGAAGGAGGUCCUGGCGCCGCAGAGACCUCCGGCGCCUCCUACGGACUACUUUCAGGUGAACCUCGGCGGCUUCGAUCCGGACAAUCUGCUGCGAGUCGGAGUCGAGGGCAACCUGAUCCAAGGAUACGUGGGCUGCCUACGAGGCCUCAUGAUAGGCACGUACCAGGUGGACCUUCCGAAUCUGGCCAGCGAAGCCAAUCACGAGGGCAGCAAGGGCGUACUGCCCAACUGCCACAUGAAGUGCGACGCCAUACCUUGCAAGAACCAAGGCAUCUGCACCGAGGACUUUGGCAAGCAGGAGGCCUCCUGCAACUGCGAGCUCACCUCCUACUUCGGGGAGCACUGCGCCGAUGAGAAGGGAGCGGACUUUAGUGGGGAAAGCGUGCUGCAGCGGGAGUUCGAGCUGGACGGGGACGUGAAUCAGAUAAAGAUUCAGCUGGCCUUCUCGACGCUCGACCGGCAGCGCACCUCGGCACUGCUGCUUCUCCAGACGGAAAACAAGUACGCAAACGCCGAGAAAGCGAGUUACAAGCGCGAUAGUAGCGAUAAACAUGUUGUUAAACCUCGCAGGAGGAGCUAUUACCUGCUGGUCGCCCUGACGUCCGAGGGUCAGCUCAUCUUCGAGGAAGAUCGCGAAGGCUCGGCCUUCGGGGUUCGACUCAACGACCGAACCUUCUCCAACGGGGCUCGCCACAGCAUUUACUACGUCAGGGACAACAAUACCGCCACUCUUCUGAUCGAUCGAGAGCCCGUGCAACUCAUGCCCAUUCCAGCCCUCAACUCGGGCGACGACGAGGACGAGGAGGGCGUCGAGGACGACGAUGGUCCAGGCACCACGGAAAUCCAAUUGGGUGGUCUCAACACCACCGACAAGAGGUUCAGAGCCUACAAGGGCUACACGGGAUGUCUGAGCAACGUCGUGGUGUCGAUCAACGGGGCAGUGGGCAUGAAGCCGCUCGAAGAGUACAUGCUGUUCACGAAGAAAGGCAGCGAGACCGUGCGGGUGACGGCGCCGGCCGGCGUGAGGAGCGCCCAGUGCGCCGUGUUCCACACUCAGCCCCGGGGUCUGGAGCCGCCCAAGAACGACAGCGUGAACCGCGACAGGUCCUGGGGCGAGGAUCCGCCCAAGCGCGUCCUCUACAAGUCCCACUACUCGGACAACACGCAGGAGGAGCAGGGCGCGGGCACCUACAUCUUCUUCGCGCUCGUCUGCGUCUUCGUGCUGGUCGUGCUCGGCUGCUCGUGGGAGGUCUGGCGCAGCGCCAGGAAGGCUCGCAGGCGCCGCAAGCAGCAGCAGAGGUCCAGGUCCGGUUCGUCCGGCUCGGCUUCCCAGAGGUGGCCGGCGGCGGCCUACAACUCCGACGUGGCUCCGCUCACUCCGAGCGGCGGCAAGAGCGUCGGCUUCAAGAACGUCGUCGUCGAGAGCAGCGUCGACAGGAAGCAGCCCAACGGCACUCACAAGAGCACCAUCAACACGACCGAGUACAAGCCCUUGCCCAAUUCCGAUCCCAGCGACAAAAAGAUUAGCCCUGUCAAAGGCGAAGAAGAAGCCGAGAAAAAAGAGCUGCUGGGAGUGAACGCGAGCUUAGGCCCGAAACCGGUCAAGCUAAAUCCAUUUGUAAAGACUUUAUCAUUCUUUUCCAUCCCUUCGAUGGCCGAUCUGCGCGAAGAGGACGAAGAGGAGGAGGAAUCCGAGGCUGAAGCUCGAGAGAGCAGCGAUCCCCAGGACGACGCCAAGCAACAACAGCAGCAUCAGCAGCAGCAGCAGCAGGUCGAGCCCAACGGCCGAACGCCGGUAAAAAUCGCCCCGGUAAGAAGCAACAAUGGCAAACGCAAAGCUUUACUGCAGACGAACUUUUCGAUAACCGGCUUGAAUGAGAUCAAGACCGAGCGCAUAGCCGACGAUCAGGACUCAAGAUUCGUGCUGCAGUGCGACGUGACUGCUCGGGACGUGGCCGACGGCGCGCCAGGUCGGCCGGGCACCAAUCGGCCCGUGAGCUUACACUUGAACAGCACGUUCACGACCUUCAAACCUCCCAGACCGUCUAGCGUUGUGCUCGAAAAAGUCACGGCUAAGAUCGUUGACGGCAGCGGCGGCGGCGGCGGCGACGACAUCGAUUGAUCGUGCCCAUCAUCGCCGCCUGUCUAAUUACGAGUCGUUGGCCCUUUCUCGUCGCUUUUACGCACAACAAUUUUGGACUUGUAACUUUAGCUGUAGUCGAUUCGAGCUUUUUAGCAACUUGGCUUCGGUUUAUCGCCAAAUUUUAUCCCAAAACAUACGAGUAACAAUUGUAAGCUUUUGUACCAUACAAAUAGGACUGAAACGUUCGCAUAGACUCAAAGUCAGAACAAUAAGCUGGACUAUACUUUUAGGUUUAUUUAUCUCGACAAUAUCAAGUACUUUUGCGGUACUCUUUUAAAUGAAAAUGUAAGACAGUAACGAACGAUGGCUUUUAAAGACUUCGUUUUUUGGUGCUUUUUAACUUUUUGUAUUAUAAAUGCUUUUGGCAUGAAGCAUCCUAUUAUUAAUUAUUAUUAUUAUAAUUAUUAUUAUUACUAUCUUAAUUGUACCUACUUUAUGCACAUUAUUAUCACAUCACAAGGCAAUUAUUCACCAUUGAUCACUAUAAUAAGUAUAAAUGUGAGAACGACGAAUGUGAAACUCGCUUAUAAUUGGAAUGACUUAUUGAAAUCUUGUAAAUAAUCAGUAAUUGCACUUUCAGAUGAGAAAAGCAUCAUUGAUUAGUAUCGAUGAUGACAACGUUAUACCGUUAAAUUCAAUCUUCAAUGAUGAAAAUGAGAGUUGUAGUGAUGAGUCUUGAGGUAUUAUAAUUUUAAUAGCUAUAGCGCAUGCAGUUCUUCGAGGCUUCGUGCUUAAAAAAAUUUCCGUAUUAAAAUCCUUCUCUUUUAUAUAUAUUACAAAUAUAUCAGGGUAAAAUAAUUUGCUAUCAUUACUUGCAAAUUGUAAAAUUUCAAUGAUGAAUGCGAGAAUGCUCUGGUCGAUCUGUGCGCUGCUCAGCAACAACUAUUACUAUACUUUUACUUUGGUCUCUAUAAAAAAUAAAUAUAAUGUAACAUGCAAAUAUGCAUACAAUCAAUAAUUUACUAAUGCUGUACAUAAAAUAUUAAAAAAUUGAUAUUUAAUCGUUUUCUUUAAAUUUUUCACACGAUAUUUUCAUAACAUCACUAGGUUGCAUGUCCUUCUUUGAUUCACAAUGCUUUGGUCUGCAGUUAUUCUAUUUGUUUUCUCACAAACAAUAAAAAAAUAAAAACAAUCAAAUAAUGCUUCAAGUCAAAUUUUUCCCUUUAUCCAAACGCACACUACAAGUUAUUAAUAAAAAUAUGCUACUACA